CCUCUCGUGCGCGCGCGAGAAAGGCGGGCCGAUGGUACCGCGACAGCGCGGCGUUCUCCAGUGAAACGACGGCCCGCACCGGACGCGAGCGACGGCGGCGGCGGCGGAGCUUCCGUAAGAUGCGGUACUUGAAGAGGAAGUCGCGCUGCCUCGUCCUGAGAAAUCGCGUUGGACGUCCGUGACAACGAACGUCGUUCGAGUCGCUUUUUCCGCUACCGAGACGAGCGAUCCCCCACCUUCGAAGUAGUAGGACCAAACGUUUUGGAGCAACAGAAGCCCCCACCAAAACGAGUGAAUAUAUUUAUCGAAAUUUUGUAUUAAGAAAGGACCAACAAACGCCGAAGAGCUUCGAAAAUUAAAUUGAGAACUCUGGAAACGGGAUCGACUUUCUUUCUUUCCAGGAAAUCUAAUUAUAAAAUUCACGAAAGAGAUACGUGGAGUUACAAGGAUGUUUUACUUGGAGACAGGAGGAAGUGAUGGGUUCUGUAAGAGGGAAAAUCAUAGUGGAUCAUCAGGAAGAGAAGGAAACCUUUGGCGAAGUAAUUUCCAAUGUUCUUUCAAAGCUCUCCGCGAAGAGAUUUCAACGAGUUUCGACGUCUUCGAGUUAUGAGUCGAAGAAUUUCUUGGAGAAACGACGUUGGUCUCUCUGGGUGACGAUUAUAACGAGGUGCUAUAGCAACAUCGGAGAACCGUGACCGCGCAGGAGUUUCUAACGACACGUCGUUGUUGAAGCGAUUUGUGAUCGGUCUAGUCAACAUCAUCAUGACUCUUCUUCGGAGCUAAUGAGCCUUUUUCGACACCUUUGCGAUAAUCGUUCGCCAAAGCGUGAUGAAAGUCCCUCUUUUUCUUGAGACGCAUUUGUAGACGCGUAUUCUCAUCUUGCUGGAUUUUUUGUUUCGCGCGCAAAAAGGGAGCAGAGCCGAGUGUGAAUAGGUUUUGCGAGAGGAGAAGUUUUUUCCAAGGAGACCAAAAACAGGAAACUCUCUUCUUUUAAAAGGAACAAGAUUAGUAUUGCAACAACAUAGGAAAAGUAGAUUACAAUUGCGACGUCGAUAGAAGAGUUUGUAGAAGUGUAUCCGAUUAAAGGAGUAAUAUCAGCGAACGACGAAAACGGAAAAGGAGAGAAAACGGAAGAGAGAGAGAGAGAGGGAGAGCACGUGGGGGAAAUGUGCCGUCCGACGUUGUGCGUCGAGUAAACAAGCGGGCGCACCUUCCUUCUAAUUACGAGAUAGUUAACAAGCACGCUGGUUGCUGGGUCCAAAAAAACGUAGAGUAUUUUUAAUACACACACGUACGUACGUGAUAAGUUACUCUUGUACGGCGUUCAAGAACGAUGGAUAAUUUUAAGAACAAUUUAGGAUGUAAUCGCAAACUCUUUGAGGGUAGAAAACGGAGGUCCAAUUAAAACAGCGAAGUAUAAGUGCGGUCCAAAUUUUUAGCAGCUUAGUCCUAUUCUUCUGGUGUAUGUAUGCGUGGGUGUGUGUGUGUGCAUGUGUGUGUGUGUGAGGGACUUUAUCGGGUUCGAUCAUCGGCGACGAAUAUAAUAUUUUUUUCCGGGCAUAUCUUCCGAAGAGUAAUAUACGUCGUCGUGGAAGAAAACGGGAGGGUGGCGCGAAAAAAGGGUGGUGGAAGCGCUCUUUCUACGUGUACCGAACGCGGUUAGGCGCGACCGUGUUCCAGAAGUUUCCUUGCGGUUCAUUAAUCCUUUCCACGAGCGAUGGUGCGUGUUACCAAACUGUAAUCGCGUUCCGCGCCGCCAAGAAAAGGGUACAUACGUCGCCGUACGACCGCGAUCGGAACACUCCGGAGUCUCGCGCAUCGUUGAACGGUACUCGCGACCGCGGAAAGUUUUCUUCCCCACGAGUGGAAAUUACGAGUGGAGGAGUGGCAGGAAAAACGCGUCGCGAAGAGAGAUAAUUAGUAGAGGAGGUUGUUGAAGAGUUGGACUAUCGUUUGUGUGUGUGUGUGUUUGUUUGUGUGAUAUCGUGCUCAACGAAGUCGUAGACGCCCGACUAUAUGAGCGCCAGCUUCGACAUCGUGAAAAGAUGGAGGACGUUCGUGGUGACACUGUGGAAUAACGUGACCAACCGAGUCCGAGAUGCCACGGCAAGCAAGACGCUAACAAUGACGACUUCCAGCAGAUACAGCAGCUACAACUGCCUCACCAGUUGGGAUAGCUACGAUCGGAUUCCAAGAGUUCGUGUCGAGUAUUACGUGAACGAAAAUACAUUUAAGGAACGGCUGCAGCUAUAUUUCAUCAAGAAUCAACGUUCAAGUUUGAGGAUACGACUUGCUAAUCUCUUCUUCAAAUUGCUAACAUGCUUCCUAUACAUAUUCAGGGUUAUUACCGACAACGAUCCAACGUUUGCAGCAUGUUACGAUUGCACGCCAGGCAACAAGAGCGAGUUCCUCGCGUCGCAGAACUUGACGGAAGAGGAGUUCCAGGAACACCCGGCCAUCAAUUGGGACGCGAUUUUCUGGGUCAGAAGACCCUUAGAGUUGUGGGUGGUUCAAGUGAUCCUGGCGAUGGUGUCGCUAACUGAGGCCUUGUUACUUGCUUACCUCGGUUACAAGGGAAAUGUCUGGCAGCAGCUUCUAUCCUUCCAUUUCAUUCUGGAACUGGUCAACACAAUUCCAUUCACAGUCACGUUAUUAUACCCACCAAUGAGAAAUUUGUUCAUUCCGGUGUUCCUAAACUGCUGGUUGGCAAAGCAAUCACUGCAGAAUAUGUUCAACGAUCUGCACAGGGCAAUGCAGAAGUCCCAAUCGGCAUUGAGUCAACAGCUGAUGAUCCUUAGUGCUACAUUACUGUGCCUUGUCUUUACUAGCGUAUGUGGGAUCCAGCACUUCCAAAGAGCGGGGCACAGACAUUUAAAUCUAUUUCAAAGCACGUACUAUGUCGUAGUGACAUUUUCCACGGUAGGCUAUGGAGAUUUCGUGCCGGACAUUUGGCCCUCGCAACUUUUCAUGGUCAUUAUGAUCUGCGUGGCGCUUAUAGUCUUACCAACACAGUUCGAACAAUUAGCUUUCACGUGGAUGGAACGACAGAAGCUGGGCGGCUCGUAUUCGUCUCACAGAGCUCAGAGUGAGAAGCACGUGGUAGUUUGCAGCACGACGUUGCAAGCAGACACUAUCAUGGACUUUUUAAAUGAGUUUUACGCCCACCCUCUCCUGCAGGACUAUUACGUAGUGCUUUUGUCACCUAUGGAACUCGAUACCACAAUGCGAAUGAUCCUGCAAGUGCCGAUCUGGGCACAGAGAGUGAUUUACAUACAGGGCUCGUGCUUGAAGGACGGCGAUCUUGCGAGAGCGCGAAUGAACGAAGCGGAAGCCUGCUUCGUGUUGGCAGCGAGAAAUUAUGCCGAUAAGACCGCUGCUGACGAGCACACGAUACUGAGAUCGUGGGCGGUGAAAGAUUUUGCGCCCAAUGUUCCUCAGUACGUUCAAAUCUUCCGUCCGGAAAAUAAGCUCCACGUGAAGUUCGCGGAGCACGUGGUGUGUGAAGAUGAAUUUAAGUACGCUCUAUUGGCAAACAAUUGUACGUGUCCCGGUGCAUCGACGCUAGUCACCCUAUUGUUGCACACGUCCAGAGGACAAGAAGGUCAACAGUCACAGGAAGAGUGGCAUAGGCUCUACGGUAAAUGUUCCGGAAACGAGAUUUAUCACAUAAUUCUCGGCGAUUCCCGCUUUUUCGGAGAAUACGAGGGAAAAUCCUUUACGUACGCAUCCUUUCACAGUCACCGGAAAUAUGGGGUUGCACUUGUCGCAGUAAGGCCAGCGGAACUUCCGGAGUUUUACGAGGAUACCAUUUUGCUGAAUCCUGGACCGCGGCAUAUAAUGAAAAAAACCGAUACUUGUUACUACAUGAGCAUUACCAAGGAAGAGAACUCCGCGUUCGUGGUCGCGAACAACCAGAGCGGCAUCAACGAAGGGACCCAGGUAAUAGUCGAGACAAAAGCGGACCCGAUGUCCGCGAAUAACGGCUCGGCGACGAGCACCGCGACGACCAACACCACAGCGAUCACAGUUAAUUCGUCGGGGGCAACGUCAGCGACGACGACCACCACGACCACCACAACAAUAUCGACCAGCUGCACCGUCGGCGCUGGCGGCGACGGGAAUGGUACAGCAAUCAGCAACGGUGCCGAUGAGCACCAGCGAUUUUCUACGAACAGUUAUAACGUUGCGCUGAGCGAAACACUACGCAGGCAGGAGACCUGCACGGGGCCCCGUGGGCAGGACCGGCCUCAGUACGGUCCUCAGGGUCACAGGGCCCCGUUGCCGCCGCAGGUUAUUUUGCAGGUCCUCCCUAGCACGCCUACACCAAUCCAACACCACAACUUACUCGCAUCCGAUGUCCACCCGACUUAUCUCGAUCCUGGAGGAUUCGGAGACUCAAGACAAUGUUUGAAAGAAGGAGGAUCAACACCACAAACGCCAAUCACGGGUAAUCAUCUUGAUGUGCCACGAUCUCUCGAUCCGAAUCCUAAUCUACUGAGUCCAGAAAUUUUAACUCAAAGAAGAGGAAGCAGAAGACCGAGUAUCUUACCAGUACCAGACAUGUUGACAAGCUCGACGCUGCAUCUGCCUGGCCAGGAAUCCUUAGAUCACGAUGGUGACGAGUCGGAAGAUGAAAUGGAUGACGAUGUUCCCUGGAGAUCACCUAGUGAGAAAAUCGCCAGUUUCAAAGGGAUUGUCAAGGGAUUCCCACCGGUUUCACCCUUCAUCGGAGUUUCGCCGACCUUGUGCUAUCUUCUCAAGGAGAAGAAACCGCUUUGUUGCCUUCAGCUGGCCCAGGUAUGCCAGCAUUGCAGCUAUAGGAACGCCAAAGAAUACAAUUGGCAAAAUAAGACCAUAAUAUUGGCGGCCGAUUACGCCAGCAAUGGGAUUUAUAACUUUAUAAUACCAUUAAGAGCACAUUUUAGGUCGAAAACGUCAUUGAAUCCGAUCAUCCUUUUGCUGGAGAGGAAACCGGAAAUCGCGUUUCUCGAUGCGGUGUCCUAUUUUCCGCUGGUCUAUUGGAUGCGUGGCUCCAUCGACUGCUUGGACGACCUUCUCCGGGCUGGUAUCACUUUAGCGGAGAACGUCGUGGUCGUAAACAAGGAGCUCAACAAUUCCGCCGAGGAGGACACCCUAGCUGAUUGUAACACAAUAGUUGCGGUACAAACUAUGUUCAAAUUCUUCCCGAGCAUAAAGAGCAUAACGGAACUGUCCCAGUCAAGUAAUAUGCGUUUCAUGCAAUUCCGGGCGCACGACAAGUAUGCCCUGCAUCUCAGCAAAAUGGAAAAGGUACUCCUCAGUGCUACUACCGAUGACAACUACUCCGCUGAGCCUUCGAUGGGCUCCCCGAGAGAAAAGGAAAGAGGAUCUCACAUAUCGUACAUGUUCCGAUUACCGUUCGCCGCCGGAAGUGUCUUCAGCGCCUCGAUGUUAGAUACUUUGCUUUAUCAAGCAUUCGUCAAGGACUACGUAAUAACGUUCGUGAGAUUAUUAUUAGGAGUGGACCAAGCGCCAGGAUCUGGGUUUCUUACAUCGAUGCGUAUAACGAAGGAUGACAUGUGGAUAAGGACGUACGGCAGAUUGUAUCAGAAGCUCUGCUCGACCACUUGCGAGAUACCAAUCGGAAUAUACAGAACGCAGGACACUACCGUUUCCGAUUCGUCGCACCAGGGCGAUUCAGACGCGGAAAGCGACACCGGCGUCGGUGUGACGUACAAGAUGCGUCAUUCGGCGGCAGCAUCAUGCCUUGCGAAUUGCGCCACCCGUGACAAGGGUGCAUCUGCUUAUUCGGUGAGCCUCGGCGACGAGGCGCGCGACAACCACGCGCAGCAGAUCGAACGUGCGGAGAUCGCGAAUCUCGUGCGCUCGCGGAUGGAAUCGCUGAACCUGCCGGUCGCCGAUUACGACGACGUGUCGGAGAAGCGCAGCAGCCUCUCCUACGUCAUCAUCAAUCCGAGCUGCGACCUGAAGCUCGAGGAGGGUGACAUCGUCUACCUGGUGCGGCCGAGCCCGUUCUCCGCCCAGAAGACGUUCGAGCGGCACAACUCUCGGCGCAAGAGCAACAUCAGCUUCUGCUCGGCGCAACUGGUGUCGCAGAUGAGCGCGGCGGUCGCGGCCGCCGGUCUCCAAACAGGUGGUCCCGGAAGUCGUCGAGGAUCCAGCAUAGGUCUGGCCAGGGCGCCACCUCUCGGCACGACCAAGUCGAACUCGCUGUCCCUGCCUGACAGUCCCACCGUGGCUGGAACUCUGCGCGGUCGCUCGAAUUCCCUUCGAGUGGUCGAUGACAUCUUGCUGCGACGCAGCAACUCUCUGAGGCAGAGCCUGACGACGACGGCCAGGCGGAAGAGCAGUUUAGAGGACAUCGGUCUGGGUGCGCUCUCGCAUCCCUCGAAUCACAAUCCGAUCAAGAUCGCGUUGAACGGCUCGAUCGGGCUGGAGGUGACGCCGCCGGAAGAGGGCUCGCAGACCGGCGGCGCCAGCAACACCGGUAUCCUGGACGUGGGUCUGCCUUCCAUGCCCGAGCUCAACGCGGCCUUGGGUCCUAGCCUCGGCGCGGGCCUCGGUGGCUCCCUGGGUGGCCUCUACGAUCCACCCUCGCUUCAAUGCCCGAUAGGAGGCUCGCCCUGCCAAUCUCCCCAGAUGCAAGGUGCCGCGCAGGAUCCGCAGCACAUACAGGGAACAAUAGUAUGAUAUAACCUUAUGUGGGGACGCAGGCUCUCCGGCGUGGCGCGAAAUAAAUGGCUGUAGCGUUCCCACAUUCGGCGUUCGAGACUGGGCGUCGAGAACGACGUCUCUACGGGCGAUCGUACAUAGCGAAUCGAUAGAACAAGUAUAUGUUCCGUGGGACUUGACCGAGCCGGAUGAAUAUGAGACGGCCGGAGAGCAAGAUGUUUCGAUGAAACCGAUCGCGUCGGGCUGCUGACUGUUCUGAAUGUCGAAUAGAGUGAAUUUCGGGCGAGAUUACCUCGGCAAGAUUAAUUUGGUUUUAAUUUAGGUCCGAUUGCGUCGACAAUAUUCCAACUUUUAUUACUUCUCAGUAUCUGUCUAUUUAUUAUAGUUCUUGUGUGAUAUAAGUAUAUUGAUGUAAAAAAAUUUUUUAUUUACGAAAAUAAAAUCGAUGAAAAAUGUUGGUAAAAUUUUAGACGCUUUAUUUUUUAUUUCAGUUUCGACGCCAAAUUAAUAUUGCUGAAUUAUUCUCACUUCAAUUUACAGUAGUAUAUUGUCUUUUUGUUUUUGAGGCGGCACGAUUCAUUGCAAUUCGUGGACCUAAGCGCUGGUAUAUCGAAUCGCAACUGUGAUAUGACAGACUUUGAUUCCCUGUGGAACUACAGUCUUCUGGAAGGUCGAUGCUAUGAGUGAAGAAUCGUGUUGAGUGUCAGUUAGGAACUAACACGCGACAUUUCGUUGUUAGAAGGCGAUGUAAUGCGUUAUGACAGCUUUAUUUCAGUGUACCUUACUUUUGUAACUUGUACCUGUAGCAGGCUGCGUUCUUAAAACGUUUUGCUCUCUAGGUCGCCUCUAGCGUCCUGACGUCCAUGCAUGCGAUUUCAUUCAUCAGAAUGUAGAUCGCGCGAGUUGACAUUAUAAGGCGAAAGGCACUUAAAAAAGCGCGUCGUAUGACGGCUGAACAUAUCUAUUCUGAAUCACUUGCGACCAAUGCAAAUUAUCACGAUUUGAUAUUAUUUUCUAUAUCCAUUUUCAAAUAUAUGUUAUAUUUUCUCUUUAACUUUAUAUUCGAUUUAAUUUGCCUUUACACAUAAAAAUAUUUUGAUCAAUAUAUGACAGAAGAUUAAUUUAAUCGAAUAUUACGAAAUUAUAAAAUUGCUCUUACUUUUUUUUCAUAAAAAAAUAUUAAUCUCUCUAAAAUACUUUUUUACUUAAUUUUAUAAGAUCAAAUUCUUUCCUCUUUAAAUAUGUAUUAAAAUAAAAUAAUCACUUAUAUAUAAACUGAAAUCGCAGUUGAUUCAUAAUAGCUGUUUGUUUGUCGUUCAUUUCAUAUUAUACAUUUUCGAGGUAUGAAACGAGAUCAAUAUGAUAUAGGAAUAUUCUACAACGCACUCCUCGAUUCCUAUUUAUCGUCGCGUUCAGCGGUCGAGCGCGAAUAAUUUUAUAUUAGAGAAAUUUACGAGAGACACGAAAAAAAAAGAGAGUCUAUUAUAUACUAAAUACUAAUAAAGAUACGAUGUAUGACCAUUUUAAUCAUAUCACGCGAGAGUGCCGCUCGCGCGGAAAUCACAUUAUAUUCUACGUAAAUAGGAGGAAAGAGUAUAUUAGGCAAGAUUUAAGUGCUUAGAAGACGCGCGUAUAUUAUCGUGAAUUGUAGCGUAACUGAUGAUAUAUCGUUCACGGUGGAUAUAUAACGUCGAGUCGCAGGACGAUUAUCGACUAUACGCUUGUCGAUUCUCCGUGACGUCGCCGAGAUUUAUGGCCGAUAUUUCAAACCAAUAUAGAGACAAGAAUGGCAUUGCGAAAAUUGCGAAUAGAUGAGAAUUGAUCGCAAAUGAAUCGCACGAAAGGUAGUACUACCUUCUUCUUCUCUUCUACUUAAUAAUAAUUUCGCAUUAAUUUCAGCCUCUAUUCUGAGCACACAAGACGUAUCAGAGAAAACAAAUCAGUUGUUCUUAGCAAGUGGGUAUGAUUAUUCUUGCUUGAAUAAUUCAAUUAGUUAGUCAAAUACGAGAGUCGUCAUUCAGGACAGGUUGCAUCGAUUGAAUUAUGAUUAUCUAACUGUGAAUAGCAAUUUCUUGUAUCUUUCUAGAUUGUUAAUAUUAAUAUUCUAAAUUGUUUAAAAAAAUCUUCGGACAAUUUUUAAAGAAAAAUCCGAAAUAUUUUAGCAAUGAAAUAUUGUCUAUACAAGAUAUGGCUGCAUCAUGAUUAGUAAUAAUAAAGUAGAUGCAACCAGUUUACAAUACGAUUAAAUUUUUAAUAUAUUAGCGUCGCAAUUUUAACGUGACGUUCGCAGCCAAAUGCAAUCGUUUGUUGACCAAUUUACACAUUUCUUCGACCAAACGAGUCGUAUAUUAAAGUACCUGCUUCGAUAUUACUUUCAUUAAGUCUAGCUAGAUCGACUCCGUUAUGUGCGACCAAAAAUUAAAUAUUUCACGAAACAACUUGCAAUUUUUUAAAUUAAUUUUUAUUAUUUUAUUUCAUCAACUUUUGAUUAAAAAAGAGCGUCUUUACAUUCUAAUAAAAUACUAACAAUUGCAAUGCGAAUAAUAGUAUAUUAAUGAAGAUGUUAAAAAAAGCAAGUUUUCUUAUAUUAAA